AUGCGCGCGAAAAGAACCCUGCUAGCGCUGGCUAGACCCACAACGGCGCCAAGCCAUGCCGUCCGCCCAAGGGAAAGGAACGACAGUGGCCCAGAGGGAGAGUGGCCAGGUGCUGUCAACCAGGCUCUCUUUUCACCAACGAUCCAAUUGCUUGCACUGAAGCUGAAGCCUGGUCCCAACCCGACGGUGUACAUCCAACCCGAAGCAGCCGAAAGGGGCGCUCUCCACGAUCGACCUUCAACUUUAUUGAAAAUGGCUUCGUCUUCCUCCAAUGUGGUCGGUGUUCAUUAUCGAGUGGGAAAGAAAAUUGGAGAGGGAUCAUUCGGGGUGAUCUUCGAGGGAACAAACCUUCUCAACAAUAACCAAGUAGCUAUCAAAUUUGAACCCCGAAAGAGCGACGCCCCACAGCUUCGAGAUGAAUACCGCACCUACAAAAUACUUGUUGGCUGUCCCGGCAUCCCGAACGUUUAUUACUUUGGACAGGAAGGUCUCCAUAACAUACUCGUUAUUGACCUGUUAGGUCCGUCGCUUGAGGACUUGUUCGAUCACUGCAACAGGCGAUUUUCGGCGAAGACAGUCGUGAUGGUCGCAAAGCAGAUGCUUUCACGAGUCCAAACCAUCCACGAGAAGAAUUUGAUCUACCGAGACAUCAAGCCUGAUAAUUUCCUGAUCGGACGCCCCGGUUCUAAAUCCGCAAAUGUGAUUCAUGUUGUUGAUUUUGGAAUGGCGAAGCAGUACAGAGAUCCGAAAACUAGGCAGCACAUACCAUACAGGGAACGGAAGUCAUUAUCCGGUACUGCUCGAUACAUGAGCAUAAAUACGCAUCUGGGUCGCGAACAAUCAAGAAGGGAUGACCUUGAAGCCCUUGGGCAUGUCUUUCUCUAUUUCUUGAGAGGUGGUCUACCAUGGCAAGGUCUCAAGGCGGCCACCAACAAGCAAAAAUAUGAAAAGAUUGGAGAGAAGAAGCAAACAACUGCCAUCAAGGACUUGUGCGAAGGAUACCCUGCGGUGGCGGAGGAGUUUAACAAGUAUCUCAGCUAUGUCCGAAAUCUUGGCUUCGAGGACACUCCUGACUACGACUACCUACGCGAUCUCUUCACCCAGGCAUUGAAAAACACAGGUGAGGUCGAGGACGGGGAGUACGACUGGAUGAAGCUCAACAACGGGAAAGGAUGGGAGGCCAUGAAACACCACCCUUCUCAACAUCUUCAUGCAGCCAACCAAGUCCCAAACUCAUCGGCUAGGGCUCUUGGUGGCGGCGUUGAUACACCAAGAGGCCCAGGAACACCUGCUAUCAACCGUUUAAACUCACAGCAGCCCCUGCCACCUUCACCGGCCAAGCCAGGGGUGAGCAAACAGACGCGAGAGCGGCAAGGCGCCUCCGGCGCAGCGCUACCAAAGCGUCAAAGUGGACUGCCCGGGGGACUCACGGCUGAUGCUGCAACUCCCACGGCGUCGACGCAAGCCCAGUUCCAGAGUUCGACCGCUCAUUUACCGAACAAUCGGAUAAGCACCGCUAAUCCUGGUGUGACGCACUCUACGAACGGCGCCCAGUAUCAGAGGGGCCCGGGAGCUUCCGAGGACAAACCCACUGGCAUGCAGAAGGUCAUGAAAGUGCUUUGUUGUGGAAACAGAUGA